AUGGCUAGUGAAGUUCCCCAAGAGCAAUGGGCUCAGGUCAUUUCGAAGACCGGCGGUCCCAUCGAGUACAAGAAGAUUCCCGUUGCGAAGCCCGGCCCUGAUGAGGUGCUGGUAAACAUCAAGUAUUCUGGCGUUUGCCAUACCGAUUUACACGCAUGGCAGGGCGAUUGGCCUUUGGCAACCAAGAUGCCUCUUGUUGGUGGCCAUGAAGGAGCUGGUAUCGUUGUUGCACGCGGUGAACUCGUUGAGGAUGUUCAAAUUGGUGACCACGUCGGUAUCAAGUGGUUGAAUGGUUCCUGUCUGUCGUGCGAUUUCUGCCAGCAGUCCGACGAACCUCUCUGCCCCAAGCCGGACCUAUCCGGAUAUACAGUUGAUGGAACUUUCCAGCAGUACUGCAUUGGCAAAGCCGCACACGUUGCUCGAAUUCCUAAAGAACUCCCCCUCGAUGGAAUCGCGCCGGUCUUGUGCGCCGGUAUCACCGUUUACAAGGGCCUGAAGGAAUCUGGUGUGAAGCCCGGUCAAUGGGUGGCCAUAGUGGGAGCUGGUGGUGGUCUCGGUUCGCUCGCUCAGCAAUACGCGAAGGCUAUGGGCAUCAGAAUCAUUGCCAUCGACACUGGCGACGAGAAGAAGGACAUGUGCAUCAACCAGCUCGGUGCCGAGCACUUCGUCGACUUCGCCAAGUCCAGCAACGUGGUCAAGGAUGUACAGGCCGCGACUCCGGAUGGUCUAGGCCCUCAUGCAGUACUGCUCGUGGCAGUGAACGAGAAGCCAUUCCAGCAAGCCGCCGAAUACGUCCGCCCUCGCGGUACCGUCGUCUGCAUUGGUCUGCCCGCUGGUGCGUACCUGAGGGCUCCAGUCUUUGAGUCUGUCGUCAAGAUGAUCACCAUCAAGGGAUCGUAUGUGGGCAACCGCAAGGAUUCGGCCGAGGCUAUCGACUUCUACGCAAGAGGACUAAUCAAGUUUCCAUUCAAGACCGUCGGGUUGUCAGAGCUCCCCGAUGUGUACGCAAAGAUGAAAAAGGGCGAGAUUGCGGGUCGUUAUGUGCUAGACACCUCAAAGUAA